GAGUGAGCGAGCGCGCGCCUGAGCGCGCCCCCGGAGCCGGAGCCGGAGCCCCAGGCCCUGGGUGUGAGAGUCCAGAAGGUUCUGACCGAGGCUGGCCUGAUUGGAUCUUCGUUUGGGGCGAGCUCGAGCAGAAGACCCUCCACCCCCACCGCACAAGGGUCAGUCCCCAGGCUGAGGGUGUGCUAGAGGUCAGACAGAGAGCGAGGGCCAGAUUGGAGCCCACUGAACCAAAGGGGACAGCCGUCCAGGAGUGCAGCCCUCUGGCCAGGCCCUGCCAGCCGCCCGCACGAGUGACUCUUUAUGCUGAGCUGUUUCUGUUAACGUCCUUGUCACUUUGGGCUCAGUUGAUGAAAAGACACCCCGAGCGAGCCCCAGAGCUCUGAAGUGACCGCCGUAUGCCCCCAGAGGCGCCCCAGCAGCCCAGCAGGAGGGGUGGCCAUGAGCCAGGAGCUGGGGCCCAGGGGCUCUCCACUCGGCUGCCCAGGGAAGCAUUGAUGGCAGAUGCCGAGCUGAGCUCACCAGACUAGACUUCAUUCCUGAGGAUGAUACAUGUGGAAGAUAUGGAAUGUUGCCCUGGGGCACCCUGCGAAAAACGCUAUUUCCCAGACUCCCUGGAUUCCAGUGAUGCUGAUGAUGAAGGAAUACUGGCCUGUGAAGAUUUAGAACUCAAUCCUUUCGAUGGUUUGCCAUAUUCUUCUCGUUAUUAUAAACUUUUGAAAGAAAGAGAAGAUCUUCCAGUGUGGAAAGAAAAAUAUCCCUUCAUGGAAAGUCUUCUCCAGAGCCAGAUUGUGAUUGUGGCCGGAGAAGCGAAAUGUGGCAAGAGCUCUCAGGUGCCACAGUGGUGCGCUGAGUACUGUCUCUCUGUGCGUUACCAGCACGGAGCUGUGGUGUGCACACAGGCACACAGGCUGACCGCCGUCCAGCUCGCUCUGCGGGUUGCGGAUGAAAUGGAUGUCGUUCUGGGGCAUGAAGUCGGCUAUGUCGUCCCUUUUGAAAACUGCUGUACCAGCGAAACCAUCUUGAGGUACUGUACUGAUGAGAUCUUGCAGAGAGAAAUGAUGUCCAUUCCUUUUCUGGGUUGCUAUGGGGUCGUCAUCCUGGAUGACGUGCAUGAAAGGAGCAUCUCGACGGACGUGUUACUCGGCCUUUUAAAAGACGUUUUGCUGGCCAGGCCUGAGCUGAAGCUUGUGAUCAUCACCUCUCCUCCCCUGGUCAGCAAGCUCAGCUCUUACUAUGGGAACGUGCCUCACAUCGAAGUGAGAAACUGCUUCCCUGUGGAGGUGGUGCACCUGUGUGCGGCUCCCAAAGACCACCUGGCGUCUGUCAUUCAGCUCAUCUUUGAGAUCCACCACACCGGAGAGAAGGGCGACAUCGCAGCCUUUUUGGCCUGCGAGCAAGAAAUUGAAAAAGUUCAUGAAAUUGUCUGUCAAGAAGGCUCUAACUUGAACCCAGAUCUCGGGGAGUUGAUUGUCGUCCUUUUAUAUCCAAAAGAAAAAUGCCUCCCGUUCAAGCCAAAUGAAGACACAGAAAAAAGAAGCCACAUUUACCAAAGAAAAGUGGUAUUAACGACCAGCUCCGGAGAGUCCCUGCUCCAGGGCAGCUCGGUCCGGUUUGUGAUUGACGUGGGGCUGGAGAGGAGAAAGAUCUACAGGCCUAGAAUCAGAGCCAGCUCCCUCGUCCUGCAGCCCAUCAGCAGGAACCAGGCUGACAUCCGCAAGCAGAUCCUGGGCGCGUCCUCCUCAGGCAAACUGUUCCGUCUGUACUCUGAAGAGUUUGUCUGCAGGGACAUGAAGCCGCUGAAGGCCCCAGAAUUACAAGAGGCCAACCUGACGAGCCUGGUCCUUUUCCUGAAGCGGAUUGACAUCGCCGGCUUGGGCCACUGUGACUUCCUGAGCAGACCAGCUCCUGAAAGCUUGAUGCAAGCACUGGAAGACCUGGACUAUCUGGCGGCCCUGGACAACGACGGGAACCUCUCUGAGUUCGGCAUCAUCAUGUCGGAGUUUCCUCUGGAUCCGAAGCUGUCAAAGGCCAUCUUAGCAGCCUGUGAAUUCGACUGCGUGGAUGAAAUGCUCACCAUCGCCGCCAUGGUAACAGCUCCUGACUGCUUCCUGCCCUUGCCCCCCGGAGCGGAGGAGGCCUGGCAGCGGAGGAUGAACCUCUCCCACCCAGAAGGUGACCACCUGACUCUCCUCAACGUGUACAAGGCCUACCAGGAAGCCAGCAAGAACUGUGUGGAGAAAUGGUGUACCGAUCACUUCCUCAGCUCCUCAGCACUCCAGACGGCGGACAGCAUCAGAGAUGAGCUUUUGGACAUUGUCAGGCGGAUUGAGCUCCCCUACACAGAACCGGCUUUUGGCUCAAAGGAAAACAUCCUGAACAUAAAGAAAGCUCUCAUAGCUGGUUACUUUAUGCAAAUCGCUCGUGAUGUGGAUGGAUCGGGGAACUACCUGAUGUUAACCCACAAGCAGGUGGCUCAGCUGCACCCCCUUUCAUGCUACUACGACAUGAAGAAGAUACCAGAGUGGGUGGUCUUCCAUACGUUCAGCAUAUCUGAGAACAAUUACAUCCAAAUCAUCUCUGAAAUCUCCCCGGAGCUAUUCAUGCAGUUGGCCCCACCGUAUUACUUCAGCAAUCUGCCUCCUAGUGAAAGUAAGGAUAUUCUGCAGCAAGUAAUCAAUCACUUAUCACCCAUGUCGACAAUGAAAAAGGAACAGAAGACAAGCAAAGAUAAACUAUGUGAAGAGUGCCCUGAAGCUUCUGCUGAAGCAAGAUGCGUUAUUCAGUGA